CAUCUACGUAACUCUCCUGAGGCUUCCUCCACGCGCGGGCGCAGCGCAUGAUCCAAUUGCCCUCCUCUUGGCGCCGCUGCCGUUUGCUCCGAGAGCCGUAGCGAAAAGGCCGGGCCGACGUUCGUUUUGCCUUAUCGCGAGUAAGGCUGCGUGCAGACGUAGGUACUAGGGACGGAUCGCGCUGAUCAGUACUGGAGAAUACGUCGUUUCGAGGUCAUCAAAUUCAUCGAUGAGACGGACAAAGGUCUGACAACGAGGGCUUUUGGUAGCAAAGGCAUCUUUCACCGCAACCUCGAUCACGACCCCGCGCGAUGCAUCAAUUAGAACAGCCUGGAUGCUUCUUCUCGGAGAGCGCGCCAGGGUCCCAUGCUUGUAUAAAAGCUCAGGAGGAUGGCCGUCGUCCCCCAGGUUGAACCUCAUUUUCCUUCUUCACGUCUAACACUUUUCGAGCCCGGUGCUCUUCACUUAUUUUCUACACAACCGAUCACACUUUUUUCACGACAAACCUAUCAUCACCAAUGGCCCGUUUCUCCUUCCUCCAGGUCUUCCUCUUCGCCAACGUGGCGCUCAUGGCUGCCGCGCAAGGCACCAAGUUCAUCACCGAAGCGUGUGCGGCCGACAGCGAGUGCGCGUCCGGCUGCUGCGGUUUCAACUCUGGAUUGUGUGCCGGCGCUGUGAUCGCCCAGGAGCGUGACGGUGGCUGCGGCCACGGUGACGCCUUCCCCAACAACAACGCGGCGGUUGCGCUCCUCGGGCCCAACGCCGAGGCCGCGCCAGGCGUCCCGAAGGCGGGUGUCACCACCGCGGCGGCGGCGGAUAACGCAGCUGCAGCCACCACUUCGGUUGCCGCUGCUGCGGCUACGAGCGCCGCCGCUACCUCGGCUGCUCCGGGCACCAAGUUCAUCACCGAGGCGUGCGCAAGCGACAGCGAGUGCGCGUCCAGCUGCUGUGGCUUCAACUCGGGCAAGUGCGCUGCCGGCGUCGUCGCCCAGGAGCGCGACGGUGGCUGCGGCCACGGCGAUGCCGUGCCCAACAACAUCGCGGCGCAGAAGAUCCAGGGCCCGAACGCGGAGAAGGCGCCGGGCGUUCCCCGGGCCCGCAUGCUCCGCAACGUGAUGCGCGUCUGAACAUCCAAUUGUGUAGUUUAUUGUGAAUAGAACGGCUUGUGUUAGACGUAUACCUGGCUCUUGUGUGACGCCUCC